CUCGCUUACUACCUCCCCUGGGCAUUAACACAUGCCGCCCCUCCACCUGUUGGCAUCAACCCAAACGGCCACGGAUGCAGCCAUGCGGUUGGCACCCCUAGAGCACCCAACCAGCAGCCGCAUGGGACGCAUGGAGGCCCCUUGCUGCAUGACCCUUCCCUGCUCACUAGCUGCCAGUGCCCUCCUCUUUGCCGCGCCCUCCAUCCAUCCCAUGGUAUUCCUUCUUUCCCUCCCUUCUUUCCCCUUUACCACCCUUUAUACUCGCAGCUGGAAUGGCGAAAGCAAGCCGUUCUUGCCGCUGUAUACGCAUCGCACAUGCUGUGCCUCAUCCACCUGGCGGCGACACGUGGCUGGCCGUACGAGGGCAGCGGUAACUCGCCGUCGGCCAUCGUGGUCCGGCUGGUGGUCUCGAGUGCCCUGGCCGUAGCGGUGGCGGCGUUUGGCGACUGGCGCAGAGCCCGGGCAGCCGCCGCGCGAGCCGUCUCCAAGGCGACCGAAGCGGCCGGACCCUCGGACCCGCCGUCAGCGCCCACAGCAGAAGCAGGCCGAUCAGAUGCCGCAGGGGCACACCUCCGCAACAUGCCCCUCCGAGAGGCCCUGUACCGGGGUCUGGCGGCGGCUCGAGCCCCUUACGCUCCUCGACGAGCCAGAGCCGCUGCCACUGCCGCCACAGUCGCCAUGGCUCCCCAGGCAACCGACGCUGCUGCCAGCAUCAUCAGCAGCAGCAGCCGCAGUAGUGCCCUAGACACCGCUAGCGGCGGUGGCAGCGGCGGCAGCAGUGCAUCUUCGUUACGGCUUCGGCAUCGUACGGCACAUACGGCUGCGGAGAGAAGCCCCCUCUCCAGUCCAGUACCGGUACCCAGCGGCGACCUUGCGGCCGGCACAGCUGUUGCAGGCGCCGUUGAAAGAGCAGCCACCACUGCUCCUGCCGCAGGUGCUGUUGCUGUGUCACCACCGGCUCCAACACCACUUGAGACAGCGGCGACGGCGCCACUCGGCGCCGGCUCGCACCCAGGCCGCGCCGCCCAGCAGCCCCGCUACCGCUCCUCAAUGCGCAUCACCCGCGUGUAUGUCAAGAUUGAUGGAGUGACGCCGGAGCAGCUGGACGCGCCAGCCGUGGGGGAUUUGGCUGAGGAUGUGGCAGCGCGCGGCUUCGUGCUGACCAGCGUGGCGGUGCGCAGCGGCUGCAUUGAGGUGGUGUUGGAGCUGGAGGGAGAUCGUCCGUGCGGCUGCGUUGGCGGCGACGGCGGUGAUGGUGUUGGCAGCGAAAACGUCUGCAGCGGCGGCGGCGGUGUGGUGGAGAUGGAGUUGGUUCGUCGCAUGGUUUCGGCGUUCUUUGACGCUGUGACACCGAGUGUGUGCGAGGGAAGCGCUAGCGGAGUAGCAGCGACGGAGGGAGCAGCGGGCGGCGGAGGAGGAAGAGGCAACGGAGGCAGUGGCGUCGCGCUGAGGGCGCAUGUGCAGGUCGGCGGCGCGCGUUACAUCGUCAGACGCGACACUGGCAGUGAUGGCGGCGGUGACAACGACGACGGCGGCGGCGGCAGCAGGGAAGUGCACCGCGGCUGGAGGAUUCAGGUGGAUCCGCAGCAGGCUGCAUCGGACCUCAGCUACGGCAUUGAUGGCUUGGACCUUGGGGGUAGCGCAGAGGGCAGCAGACGCAGCAGUGUGGAUGCAAGCCCCUUCACUGACCCGUGGGUCACUUCUGGUGUACCGAAUGCUCCUGCGCCUGCGUUCGGGACACAUGACGAUUUGCAGAUGCUGCCGCCGGCAGGGGUCUCAGAGGAGCCGCUGAUUGUGUUGUUGCCGCCCUGCAUGGUCUUUCCGUUGGGACCAUCUGAGUCGGCAACAGCAGCAGCAGAGCCGGCGGACGCCUUGCCCUGCUUUACGUUGCUAGUUCAGCCGCCCCGGCCGCACCCUCCCUGCUUGGAUGGCCCCGCCGGCACGGACACCUCCGAGGCCGCAACCCUAGCGUCGGGACCCCCUGAGGUGUUGGCCUGGCAGCGUGGAUGCUUCCUUCAGGUGUUGAGUGUGAAUGAGAC